GAAGGAGCAGCUGGGCGCAUGCGCCCCUUCCACUAGUUAUCCAUCUACCAAUGCAGGAGCAAAUAGGAUGAACUUGUCGUGUUACCUGCUUAAAGGCGCCGCCGGUUGUGUGCACAGACCAGUCGUAAAGCUAAUUGUUUGUCCUUCCUGGGAAAUUAAAAAAGGAGAAAUACUCGACAGAAAGGAAUUUUUGAAUGUAAACUGAGCAGUCAGAGAGCAGAUCAGAUCCCAUAGCGAGGAAUCAGAGUGCGUGUAGUUGUAAAAGACCUGGAAACAACAAGAGAAGCGUCAACAGCCUGGAUUUUUUACCCAUCGUGAUAUUUACAUGCACUGAGAGCAGCAUGCCUUGGCUUAGGAGAAGGGUGAAAAUGUUUCAGUUUGGAGAGGCACCCAGGACACCCUGAGGUUUUCUGUCUGUUGAGAGUCCUUGUAUCAUGCAUCGGCUGAUUGUUAUCCUACACUAUUCCGCGGAACUAACGGGCUUGGCUCGGACCUGAGUCAUCAUGUCAAAAGUUAUUCAGAAGAAGAAUCACUGGAUUACCAAAGUGAACGAGUGCGCGGUUAUCCGGGACGCGCGUGGGGAACUGCAUGUGGAGCUGUGUGGCGGAGCGGAGAAUGGAGAGUUUCCCUACAUUGGGCAAGUUAGAGAGGAUGCUGUGGUUUACCAGGACGGUAAACUCUGCGAAGGGGAGCUUCUCCUGGAAGUUGAUGGGAUGUCUGUGCCUGGAUUACCGCUCUAUGACAUUUUAACUGUGAUUAAGUGCUGCAAAGAACCCGUCAAGUUGAAAACUGUGCGUCAAGGUCACAAGCUCAACAAGGACCUGAAGCACUAUCUGAGCUUGAGGUUUCAGAAGUCUUCCCCCGACCACGAGCUGCAGAAGGUCAUCCGAGCCAAUCUGUAUCGCCAUGCUGUGCCUUGUACAACCCGCCACCCUCGACCUGGAGAGGUCCAAGGAGUGGAUUACAACUUCCUGUCUGUUCAGGACUUCCUAGAGCUUGAGCAGAGUGGCACACUACUGGAAAUAGGAACAUAUGAAGGUAACUAUUAUGGGACCCCAAAGCCGCCAAGGCAGCCCAUCAUUGGGACAGUGAUUCUCAAUGAUGCAGGCUCCCAGCAGUCCACCCCAAAGCGCACCAAGUCCUACAAUGACAUGCAAAACGCCCGAGUAGUGCCUGCUGACGAUGACGAUGACGACCAGGCCACGGAAAUGAACAACAGUUUUACAGGAUCCUUAGUGGGUAGUCUCUUCCCCUCUCCUUUGUUGUGCACAGGCAACCCUAACGACCACGACGAGAGCCGUGGCAGCAUUCUCCGGCCGUACCCCGCACGUGAUAACGCUCCACCCUGUGGUCUGAACAAUGCGGCCACUUCCACUGCAGACAGUGGGCAGCAGACCCUCGCAGAGCCGCAGGUCUCUCCGGAAGACCCUCUUGGACCACUGCCUGAAAACUGGGAGAUGGCGUAUACAGAGAAUGGAGAACUUUACUUCAUAGACAUGGCAAAGGCACACCACCAGGACAUGGCUGUGUGUUUUCAGAGCUUCCACAACACAAAGACCACAUCAUGGCUGGAUCCCCGGUGUAGAGACAAAGCCUCCAGGCCUCUGGAAGAGUGUGAUGAUGAUGAAGAAGGGAUACAUACCGAGGACCUGGAGACUGAUCUAGAGCUGCCUCCAGGUUGGGAAAGAAUAGAUGACCCAGUGUAUGGGGUGUACUAUGUCGAUCAUAUAAACAGGAAGACCCAGUAUGAGAACCCAGUCGUGGAGGCGCGGCGUCGCAAAAUCCGGGAGCAGCAGCAGCCGCAGCCUCAAGAAGAGUGGAUAGAGGAGCACUCCUCAGCAGCGGCUCCCCUGGCAAACUAUGCUCCAAACCAUCUGGAGACCUACAGGGAACCGCAGGUCCCACCAACCCUACCUCCAGGCCCUACAGGAGUUAAACGAGGGAAGCCUUUCUUCACAAGAAACCCAGCAGAGUUGAAAGGAACCUUCAUCAACACCAAGCUGAAGAAAAGUCGUCGUGGCUUCGGCUUUACUGUGGUUGGAGGUGACGAGCCAGAUGAGUUUCUACAGAUCAAAAGUCUGGUGCUGGAUGGGCCUGCAGCUGUAGAUGGGAAGAUGGAGACAGGUGAUGUGAUAGUCAGUGUGAAUGACACCAUUGUGCUGGGAUACACCCACGCUCAGGUGGUGAAGAUCUUCCAAUCCAUCCCCAUUGGCUCCAUGGUGGACCUAGCUUUAUGUCGUGGAUACCCGCUUCCCUUUGACCCAGAUGACCCCAACACCAGCCUGGUGACCUCAGUGGCGAUUCUGGACAAGGAGCCUAUCAUUGUCAAUGGACAGGAGACGUUUGACUCGCCUUCCAACCAGGCCGGACCAGUUAACGGCAUGAGGGAGCCACGGCCACACAGCCCCUCAUCUGAGGUGGCGUCUAACUGCUCGCAUGGCUACUCCAGUGAUGUGGUCACCCUGGCCUCGUCUAUAGCCACCCAACCUGAGCUGAUCACCAUCCACAUGGAAAAGGGAGACAAAGGAUUUGGCUUCACCAUCGCUGACAGUCUUACAGGAGGAGGACAGAGGGUCAAGCAGAUAGUGGACUAUCCACGCUGCCGUGGCCUAAAGGAGGGGGACAUUCUGAUGGAGGUCAACAAAAGAAAUGUUCAGAAUAUGAGUCACAACCAGGUGGUAGACCUACUGAGCAAAUGUCCCAGAGGCAGUGAGGUCACUAUGCUGGUGCAAAGAGGAGUGGUGCCAGCCAAGAGGAGUCCAAAGCUGGUGCACCAGUUAGAGAGGAAAGACAGCCAGAGCAGCUCCCAGCACAGCGUGUGCAGCCAUCGCAGCACCCACACAGAUUCUCCCAGCCACCCAUCCUCUGCCAUGCCCAGUGAGGCUGUGGCUCCCACUCCUGCUGCCCCCACUCAGCCUCUACCAGUCCUGCCGCCUCAAGACCCUGCAGAUGGCACCUUCACCCUCCAGAAGAAGCCAGACCCCUUUAAGAUCUGGGCACAGUCCAGGAGCAUGUACGAGAGCCGAUUGCCAGAUUGUCAGGAGCAGGACAUUUUCCUUUGGCGGAAGGAUACAGGCUUUGGCUUUCGUAUUCUAGGUGGAAAUGAACCCGGGGAGCCUAUCUACAUAGGGCACAUAGUGAAGUACGGGGCUGCAGAUGAGGAUGGGCGCCUGCGAUCCGGCGAUGAGCUCAUCUGUGUAGAUGGCACAGCAGUGGUGGGCAAGUCUCAUCAACUGGUGGUGCAGUUGAUGCAGCAGGCCGCCAAACAGGGCCACGUCAACCUCACUGUUAGACGCAAAACCCCUGGAUAUGGAGUGUCGAAAGGAGAAGGUGAUGUUCCUCCGUCACCGGCCUCGUCCCACCACAGCAGCACCCAGGCACCCAGCCUGACGGAGGGGAAGCGGACGCCCCAGGGGAGCCAGAACUCACUCAACACUGUCAGCUCUGGCAGCGGAUCUACCAGUGGCAUAGGCAGUGGUGGUGGAGGGGGCAGUGGGAGUGCGGAGAUGCCUGCCUCUCUGCAGCCAUAUGAUGUGGAAAUCCAGCGUGGCGAGAAUGAGGGCUUUGGUUUUGUCAUCGUGUCGUCUGUUUCCAGGCCUGAUGCUGGCACCACCUUUGCUGGAAAUGCUUGUGUGGCCAUGCCCCACAAAAUAGGGCGCAUCAUCGAGGGCAGCCCAGCGGACCGCUGCGGGAAGCUGAAAGUAGGGGACCGAAUACUGGCUGUCAACGGCUGCUCCAUCACGAACAAGUCGCACUCAGACAUAGUCAACCUGAUCAAGGAGGCUGGGAACACCGUCUCACUCAGGAUCAUCCCGGGUGAUGAAUCUUCCAACGCUUCUCUACUGACCAAUGCUGAGAAGAUAGCUACCAUCACCACCACACACACACCUCAGUCCACAGAGUUGCGGAAUAACUCGAAGUUAAAAGGAGCUCCUCCUCCCCCACCCACACAAACAACCCAGGAUGCUGAGUUCUACUCUGUUGACCUGGAGCGGGACAGUAAAGGUUUUGGCUUCAGCCUGAGAGGAGGACGGGAGUACAACAUGGACCUGUAUGUACUGAGACUAGCGGAGGAUGGGGCUGCUGUCAGAAAUGGCAAAAUGAGGGUGGGAGAUGAGAUUCUAGAGAUUAAUGGUGAGAGCACAAAGAACAUGAAGCAUUCACGUGCCAUUGAACUGAUUAAGAAUGGUGGUCGGAGGGCACGGCUGGUCCUCAAAAGGGGAGAUGGAUCUGUACCUGAAUAUGGCGGCAGCAGUGACGGGCACCCUCCCACACCCAGGGCACAAAACACUCCGGAAGUGAGAAUGCUGCCACCCAACAGCCGAUAUCACACCUCAUUGGAGUCCAGUUAUCCACCAGACCUUCACAAACCAUCAUGCCAGGAGGAGGCUGUGCAUAGCCGAGACAAGGACAGAACCAGGGACAGGGCUGGGUCAGAUCAGAUGGACUGCCAAGGCUGGCAAUUUAACCCCCACCAUCAUCACACCUGGAAUAACAAUCACAGUCAAAGGACUCCGAGACAGCAGUCUCCAGACAAUAGUAACAGCAGUAGCAGUGGCAACAAGAAGAGCAGAGGCCGCAAAUUCAAGAAGUCUGAGUCAGAGAGCGGCAUCUCUAAACUCCUAAAGACUCUGAGGAAAGAGAGCUCGGGGAAAAAGGCUGCAGCUGUUGAGAAACUGAGGGGUCGAGAGCUCUCAAACAGUAAUUCUACCUUGGAUGGGAGGUUUCGUCUGCAGCGUCGUGGGUCCCUUGACAGUUCACCAACCAGAAAGUGUGCCUCAUCUCCUGAUCGUCGGCGAGCCAAAUCGAUGGAUCGCAGGGCAGAGCGAGCACAUCAGGAUUGUACACCUGAGAGGGAGUAUGACGAUGGAGGGUUCCUUGUAGUCAGUCCUGAAGGAAAGUUCUAUGAGCGAAAGCUUCUCAAGGACUCACAGAUGACUGGGCGAGUCAGAGAGACCACAACCUCCGAGCGCAUUAACAACAACAACGGGAAUUCCUCAUCUCUUUCCAGGGGCCGUACUUAUGAUAGAGCCAUGAAGAACGGCAACCUCCUGAGAGACUCUUCCUCAGAGAGGAGGGAGGAGCGAUAUCGGAUGAACGGUACACCCGAGAGACGAUUUCAAGUCGAGCGGGACUCUUCUCCUGACAGCAACUACAGCCGGGAUGAGUUGAACUAUGCAGCAGUACCCAGACUGAAGGACUACUACAGCAUGAUGAAGAACAAUGCUGCCUACAACAACACCGGCCAUAACAACAACGCAGCAGGCCGCAGUCCAAACCAGCUCCCUGAACCCAAGAGAAGGCUGUACAAAGAAAGCCCCAAAGACCUCAGCAUCUAGAACAGAGCAGAGAUCCCCCUCACUACUCUUUCCUCUAUCUGUGCAGACUAUGUACCAUACACUGGAAUUGGUCUUCUGAGGAUACUAACUCUUGUACUUUGUUUGGUUGACUGGUUAUUGAUAAUUUGAUUGACUAAACUACUUGUGAUCCCAUCCAGAGAUUCAUAAAACAUCAGGAGUACAAUCCUUCUCUCAGAUCAUACUGGUUGUUUUGUCAUUGUUAUAGUUAUUUUGAACCUAACAGAGGUUGUUGUACUAUAGUAAAGUUAUUGUAUGUGCCUGCAUAUGAAAUCAGUGAUAUUGCUUUUUGUAGGCAUUGCUGAAUCUAAAUAUUUGUUCCUUCAGAGGUAUGAAAACAUGCUUCCAGUUGUGGUACCUUCUAACUACUAAGCUUGUUUUCAACUUGUUUUUAGAUGUCUUUUCCAUUCUCAAUCGCUUUACUGAAUAAACUAUAGCACAAGACACAGACAGUUCACAAGAACUGUAAGAAUCACAUUGGAGUUACUGUAAAACAAAAAUCUAAAUUUAAUCUCUGAUGGUAAAACCUGAGUGAUAAUGAUAUAAAUAAUAUAUGAGUUUAUUGCGUUUGCUCGCUAUUUAUUUUUAAUUUGGCACAUAUCUUGAGCAAGCUUCAUUAAUCCUUUAUGGACCAAGAUAGAAGUGCACACUGUACCUGGGAAAGCAUGUUGUACCUGUACUUGAAUUGCAUCCUUGAAAUGUGUGGCAGCUCCCCCUCGUUUGACACACUUUCAAAAUUACUGAUGUGAAAAUUGGCAAUAGUGUUAUUAGUUUAUCCCUUGGAGUAGGAUUAUAAAAAUACCUUGAAUGCUCUGGCCCACACUCUGGUCCCUCACUAAGUACUGAUGUAACUACAAAGGAACGUGACUCACUUUCAACUACAGCAAAACUGUUCUGGUAGAUUCUCUGUUGCAGGAAAAUGAGAGUUAUUUAAAUUUAUUACUCAGCUAAAUUUGGAUUAUGAGUCUAUGCCAGAAUCAGCCUGAAGCUAGCAUAAAAAUGCUUUUUAACAAAUAUGCUAAAAAAAGAUAAAGAAAAAUUAUAAACAAACCCUGUAAUAGAUGCAUGUGUAAAUUAAAGUGUAGGUAACCACUUUAUCUAAUAGGUCUGAGUGAGAAUAAUGGAUUAAAACACACACUAUAAUCCCACAGUAAUUGUUAGCCCUGUCCUCAUGUCGAUGACCACACAAAGAUCUGAUGAGGUUUGUUGUGUUGGUAAAAUACAGGAGACAACCAAUCUGCCAUGCUGAGCCACACUGUCGUGCCACUGGAGUCUAACGGCUGCUUUAUAAUGUGUUUUGUGUGUAUUCUCUGUUUUAUGUUUCAUUAAAGAACUAAAAAUAUAUCUGGAUAAAUCACAACAAAUGAAUUGUUUGAUCACUGUUGUCACCAUGGUACUGUAUUAAACAAAAAAGACUAAAAAAAAAUUAAGAAGUGAACCUGUUGGCCAUCACCUGUAAAGAAUUUUUCCAAUGUAACUAUUAGGAACCCAUAAAGGAAUAAAAUGUUGCCUUUUUCUUGUACAAAAGAGAAAUAUAUGAAAAACUCAGCAGUGAGGAAUGUGAUAUUGUGUUUAUUUCUCUGAAAUGGACCUGAUGAUUUAUGGGAAAUGUGUUGAUUCACUCCGGAUCAGGUAUGUAAAGACGCUUUACAGUGAAAGACUGUAUUUGGUCAAUCAGAAACUGUUUGAUGGUUUGAAUCUCUCUCGAUGGUUAGCCUGCCUUUGUAUUAUAAAGCACUUGUAUGCAGUCUGUGUUCUUCAAGCAUUAUUUCUUGCAACGUGCUCUGGACAUAAUGCUGUCUCUGUGUUGAUAAAAGCAGUACAUGUAUAUGGGCCAAUCUUUUUUAUAAAACUAUGCAUAUAUAAAUAUUACAUUGUUCAUAGCUUUAUUUGACCCAUGAAGCUAUACAUUACACGGUCUAAGUACAAGUAGAUGUGAAAUUAUCCAGCUUCUUUCCUUGAGAUGGAUUACAAUGUAUAUGUAGCUAUCAAAAGAAGUCUGUGAAUGCUAUUUUUAUGAUCGAAUAAAGUUUUCCAUACAA